GACGGAGUCGGACCGAUCAAUGAUUGGUCUGUCCUUUCCCAGCUGGCCCAAGCUGUCCAAUCACGGGUCAGUCCGCAAAACUAGUGGCGAACUACGCAACUGAACGCCCAUCACGUUGCGCACAUGGAUCGGACAGAGGUGACCACGCCACACCCAGCAGACCAAGGCAGAGUGCCUUUGCUGGAGGAGAAGCUUGUGUAACAGCUGUAUCAGUGGCACCGACAGCAACCAGUUGCGCCAGCGAGCACCGUGCCUUGUUGAAAUGUCCAGUGCGCAGAGGAGGCGGCGCAUGCAGCGGCCUCUCAGAGCGACAGGGCCUGCGAAAUAGUUGAGGAUAUUCGGACAGUUUGUGAACACUGUUUGCAUGCGUAUGUUUUUGCCUAAGCUGUAACGUUAUCUACUUUUCGGAGGAAUGAGAGGCGUAUGUUCGGCUCUUAAAAUGGGAUUGUUUUUGCACGCUGUUGGCUCUGUCAACCCAACCGAGUCCUCAGCAGACAGGAGCCUACUGCACUGUGAAGGUAUCAACAACCAGAGUUAUGUCUGUGAGUCCGGACACUGCUGUGGGAAGUCUCAGUGCUGCAGCUACUACUAUGAGCUCUGGUGGUUUUGGUUGGUAUGGGCAAUCAUCUUCAUUUUGAGCUGCUGCUGUGUGUGUCACCAUCGCCGCACCAAACAACGGCUGCAGCAGCAACAACGGCAGCAUGAGAUUAACCUCAUCGCUUACCGCGAAGCACACAACUACCCCCCUGUGCCCUUCUAUUUCAGGUUUCUGCCAAACUACCUCCUGCCUGACUACGAAGAGGUGGUCAACCGGCCACCAACUCCUCCCCCUCCUUACAGUGCCUUACACACAGGCCCAAUAUCAGUGGCUUCUAGCCCACUGUCUCCUGAGCAGCAGGAGAGACACUGCCCAACCAUCCAGCCCACUCCGGUGCCACCGGCCUCUGACAGUCUGUGUUGCAGACCCAGCAUAGAAGAACCACAAACCCUUACCUUAGACUUGAGGCCAAACAAGCCCAUGCAGACAGCACAAGAUUCAGGCAUGAUACUGCUGUCAGAUGGGCUCAAUAGGGAGGGACUUACAAGCCAGGAGAAAAGAAGUGAAAGUGGGGAUGACUCCUGCAAGGACCACCUGCUAAAGGACCCGUCAGAGGGUUCUGCUGAGGACAAAGACCGACUCCCCAAUGGUAGGAGGAGGCGAUUCACAGGUGACUCUGGGAUUGAGGUGUGUGUGUGUGGCACACGGGGGAUCAGCGGUUUUAGUGGAGCUGGAGGGACAGGCCAGGAAGGCAAGGAGUUGAGAGAGCUAGAGAGCCUGCUGGGGCAUGAGGGAGAUGAUGAAGAGGAGGAGGGGGAGGAGGCAGGCGACUUCUGCGACAGCUGUGGCCAUCGAGCCUCCUUCAGUGGGGAGGAGGAGCAGGCGCUAGGCGGGCUGGAGAGGCGGGUUGCACGUGGGCCGUCAGGAUCUCCUCAACCGGCUCAUCAGAUAGGCAGCGCCUCGCUCCACCCUCCAGUGUGCCUCAUCCUCCACACCAUCAACGAGCAGGAGGGACCACACCACAGCACCAGCACUGAGCCGCAGGGCUGAAACACAGUCAGCACACCUUUGUUUCAUAGAGGGAAGGAGAGAGCACUUGAGACAUUAGCAUGGAGGCAUAUGCUUUUGUAUCUGAGCAAAUGUGUUACGACUAAAUACUUUCUGAGUGAGUAUUUUUAUGAAUGUGUGCAUCUUAGAAACGGGUGGAAGAAGGUAGGGAAAUGACAACUAAAUGUGAUUAAAUUCCAAAGGUUUAGAAAGCCUUUUCCUCGCCACACUGGAACAGUGGCCUUAACCUGUGGAUUAUGAGUUAUGUUCGGGCAGUUGAAGCCCUUUAACAGCUUGUGUCAAUUGAGACCACACAAACACAAACACACACACACGCAGUCUUUCAGUUGUCCUUAUCAUGCAACGGAAGCUCCUGACACACUGUCUGAAGCUGUGACGACAGGACUUUAGGUGUCCAGGAUAAAUGCAGCCUUCCUCACCUUCGGUGCUUGCAGCAGUUUUGCAAAGCAGUUCUCUGCAGGCAGAAAACUACAUAGUGACAAAAAAACACAGCAGGAACAUUUUGGAUGGGUGCAAUGUGGAUUUACCACAGUGUGUGCUUAUGCAAACUGAUACUGUACAGGGACACUAGAACAAGACUGUGUGGGAUGUCCCGUACAUACUUCUUAAGUGCUUUUCAGCGUUUAGAAAACGCUCUGCCUUGUCUGUUUUUGUUGCUCUCUAUCUGCCCUGCUAGUGAUAGAAGUAUAAGUGCAUUUACAAAUCUUCAUGUGAGCAGUUCAUAUUUUGCACAAAGUGUAUUUAUCUUUAUAAAUGAGCUGUUAGCUAAAAAAAAUCAUAACAGAAAAGGCUUUCAUUAAUUCAGUCUUAAAUCGCAGUACAUGAUUAUAGAUAGUGUCUUAGGAUUUUGUUACAUAUGUAAGAAAUGGACCUCUGUGGAUUGUUACGGGAUGCAACCUGUUCACUUUGUACACAAUCAUAUUGAAAUUAAUGAAUGUUUGUAGUAUGACUACCCAAAAAACGGAACUUUGACGAACAAUGAUACGUUUCGUAGAGAUUACAACUGAGAAAGACAUUGUCAGACCUCAAACUUUGGUGUGAGUCACUUAGUUUACCGCCUAAACUAUACAGUCCACUAUACAGUAUAAAAUGCUCCUCCUGUUGAGUGGAAAAAUACGUCUUUGGGGACUUAAGUUUUAGUUAAUUCAGUUUGGAUUAAAUAAAAAACAUUUAUGGACAAACAACACAAUCAGUUAACAAGCAAUAUUUAUAAUGCUAUAUACCAAAUAGUUCUGUAAAUGGAGGACUCUUAGUUUGAAAUGCCUUUAAGAGCUUAAAUGUUUUAAAUCCAACCUUUUAAUCCAAAUCUUACAGGGGCUGUUAUAGAUUAAAUGUUGAUUAAUGAUGAAUGGGCCAUGGAAAAUGCUAUGAGCACGCUGUGUGAAACUUACAAACUAAGUAAAAUUUUAGUUUUCCCAAUCUCUGAAAUGAAUUGGAACUUGGUGAUGCUACAUUUCAUUGUCAUGCACGUGUUCUUUUUUUAUUUCUUUUCAAUUUCCGCAUCACAUUGCAAAGCACAAAUGUUUCAGUCAUUGGUCUCACAGAUUUCUAUACAGUGUAUACCCUAAAACAAUCUAACUGGAGCUGUCUCAAAACUUCUGAGUUGAAAAUGUAACAUGGACGUUAUGUAUUAGCAGUAAGCUGAAGUAAAUCUUACACAUCAAUGUCUGAACACACUCUAAAAUUCUUUAUAUGUUAAUGCUUUUGUGGGCUAUAAAGUGAUAUUUUGUGAUUGUGGUACAUGUAACCAAGACAAGCUAUUUUCAUAUCAGCCAAAUCCUU